AUGGACAAGGAAAGCCCCAACCUGGUAGACCAGCACGUGCUGGAACAAAUGCAGAAGACCAUCGAAUUGUUUGCCCAAAAUUCUACAUGCACAACGAAGGAAGCUUUUGCAGAUGAUAAAUAUGCGUAUAGCCUAAUUGAUAACUACAAAAGCAGGAGGACAAAAAAUGUUGUUAUACACAUGCUAAAAAACGACAUAAAUAUUUUGUACUACAAUGAAGAAUACAAAAAUAUAAUUUUUAUAAACUUUUUAAGAUUGUGCCAAUUGAAUAAUUUAAACGUAAAAAAGUAUCAUGAUAUGUUUUUAAAAUAUGAUAUUUUUUCAUAUAUUUUAAAUUCGGAAAAAUACGUACAUAUUUUUUUAAAGCCAAUUAUAAAUAAUGACAAAUUGUUGUGGGAUGUGAAUACCGACCAUUUUGAAUUCGUUGCCUUUCCCAUGGGGGGCAGUGCACAGAAUGAAAAUGGCCAAACGGAAAAACUGGGUGACGAUUACGAAGACAGCUCCUACGUGUUGGAAGAAAGGCAAAAAUUAAAACUGGAUGAUCUUGUAGUAAAUUCCUCAGAUUGUUGUGAGUCCUCCGCAUUUAGCGAAGACGAAAUUUCCGUAUCGUCUGGAUUUUCGGAAAAGUCUCCACACGUGAUAAGCGGUGGCCAGAAGAUGAAUGGCUAUUUACCCCACCCGUGCGGGGGCACCAAUUUGGAGGAGUGCCCUAAAAAAGAAAAUGCUCCUGUUGUGAAAAAAGAACAGACCUUUCAGAAGCAACAAAUCUGUAAGGAGGAAGCGUCAGUGGAGGGAAUAAAUGACAAUACCAUAACCUUGCAGGAGGAGGAAAAAAGCCGAAAUGGCCUCGCAGCGAACUCGUCUUCCACCCUGAACAAUAUUAAUUUGAACCACUUAAUAGACACAAUUGUGGAGGGGGGUAAAUGGGGUGAUGAGGAGAGCCCCGAGGGGGGGGUGUAUAAGAGGAGCAACAAUGGCAUGCAAAAAAGCAGCCUAAACGAAUCAAUCAUAGAAAAAUUUGUGACAAAGUCAGAAAAUGACCAAGACGAGGUGCUCAAUUUGUAUAAAAAGGUUAACAGCAUGGAAAAAAUUAUUAAACAUUUAAUUGGAGAAAUAGUGAAGAGGGAUAUGGUAAGAAAGGCGCCUCUAGUAGUUCCCCGUGGAGGUGAUCCCCUUGGAAUAGUACCCAUCGAAGAAACCGAAAAGACGGAACAGAAUGACAGCCAGAAGGACGACCAGGGGAACCCCCCACCAAACGAUAUAACCAGCAGCACGAGCAAAAACAGUGGUGAAUGCGAAGAAGACACAGACAGUAAAUAUUUCGAAAGUUACAACAACACAUGUAUACACAGAACUAUGAUUCUAGAUAAGAGCAGAACAAAUUGCUACUAUGAAUUCGUAAAAAAAAAUAAAGAAAUAUUUGAAAAUAAAGUGGUCCUGGAUAUAGGAUGUGGGUCUUCCAUCAUUUCUCUCUUCUGCGCUGACCACGCGAAAGUUGUCGUCGGGAUUGACAACGCCCAUAGGAUAUUAACAAAAGCAAAAAAAAUAACGGAAAAAAAUGGAGCCAAUAAUAUUUACCUAUUCGAAGGAAAAUUAGAAGAAAAUAAUAUUUACGUUGAUGAGAAAGAGGAAAUACACUACAUUAACAAAAAGGAAGACUUAGAAAAAUAUAAAAAUAUAUAUAAAAUUAAAAAGCUGGAAAUUUUAAAAUUUGAUAUUAUUAUUUCCGAAUGGAUGGGAUACUUCCUGUUUUACGAAUGUAUGAUAGACACCAUUUUGUAUGCCAGGGAUUUCUACUUAAAAGAAAAUGGCUUGUUGCUGCCAAACAAGGUUUAUCUAUAUUUAGCAGGUUAUAAUGACUCAGAAUAUAUAAAUGAAAAUAUUUUAAUUUGGGACAACCCACUGUAUGGAAAAGACCUCUCGGAGUUAAAACCCAGUUCGAAGAAUUUCUUGGAAAAUGCCAAAAUUAUCUAUCUAGACAAAAAUAAAGUAUCCACUGAGGUGGUUAAUUAUGCCAUAAUUGAUAUGUACACAUAUCGCAAAAAUGAAAAUGUGUAUAUUUCUUCUGAUUUUAAAAUUGCAGUUAAUAAAGGGAAAGUAGUGACCAGUUUGUGCUUUUAUUUCGAUUGCCAUUUUGAAGCGUAUAGAUCUUCUCCUGGUGAAUCAACCAACAGUUCACAGAAUGUGCCCCCCACUGGGGAGACAUGCACAAAUACCAUCUUAACGACGAGCAUGUUCAAGGAAGAAACGCACUGGAGGCAGACCCUAUUACAUCUGCACUGCCUGAAUUUUACCAUCGCUAGUAUUUCUGCCCCCGAGGAAGGGGAACACCCCAAUGAGCUGUCCGGCAGGAUAUUCAUAUCGCCGGCCGGUGAACAUUCUAGAAAUGUGAAUGCUCUUUUGCAGAUUAAAAAAAAUGAGUCCAUGAAUGUGAGCGAGGACUGGACGUGUUGGUACUCCCUCGACUGA